AUGAAAAGAAAAUUAAAAGAAAACAAAAAUAAAGAGGCAACUUGCUUUCUGCAAAAGAUAGCAGCAGCAGCAGCAGCAGCAGCUGUUGCAGGUGCGGCAGCGGAUAAGAAAAAGCAGCACAAGCAGCAGCAGCAGAAGCAGCAGGGAUUGGAGCAGCAGCAGAGGCAGAACAGCAAACCACACACAGCAGCGGCGGAACCAAAAGCAGCAGCAGCAAAAGACACGCAGCAGCAGCAGCAGCAACAGCAGCAGCAGCAGCAGCGGCAGCAGCAGCGUCUGACUGCAGCAAGGACAGCAAAGUCUGCUGCGUUCUCAACGAGGACGAAGAUGUAUUCUUCCCAAGAAAGCAGCUGCUCGUAA